AUGGUUCAGUUUUCCCCACGCCCCGGGAAACCGCCAACCCGACCUCCACCAUCAGGGAAGUCGGUACAAACUAAAAAAGACACCGUUAAUGAAAUUUGCACGACUAUAAAAAGGUACGCGCAAAAAUAUCUAUCACAGAAAGAAAUUAAUUACGACACUUGCGAAAAAACGUUCAAAGACGUCUCAAACCAAUGGAAAAUAGAUCACUCAGAGUUUCAGAGUUGGAAAGAUUUUUUGGAGCAGGUUGAAAAAAGUAGUGUAGAUAGAAAAAUAAAAACCAGUGAACCUUUUAAAGACCUAAUAAACAUCUGUGAAAGAUCUAAGGAGUUUGAGGUGAUGAUCCCUGUGAUAAGAGAACGUAUAGUGACGUGUGUAAAAGAACAUGUUUACAAAUACUGCCAUAGUUUCGCCGAGGAAACGGGUGGAGUUGACGCAAGAGUAGUUGUUGAUUACGAACAGCAGAUCCGGAACUAUAAGAAAGAUAUUGAGAAAAUGAUUGAUGCAAUUAACGCAGAUAUUCUUAGAUACAGUGAUGUAAAAUCCUCUUUUGAGAAGUUCGUUAAAGAAGGUAAAAACAUAGCUAAACUCAUGGAAAGUAUAUGUGUUCAAAUUGUUGAGAUUGCUUUAGAGGUGAAGAAAUGGAUAAGUGACGAUGCUGUAUACCCUGAUAAACUUCAGCAAGAGAUUUUGUUCAACAAUGGAUAUAAAGAAACGUUACAAGAGGAUGUGAAUAAAUUGCACGAAAGACGAAAAUCAUUGGAGCGAAGUUUAGAGCGGAGAGGCAAACUAAACCGGAAACUUGAAAAGGACUAUCACUUCCAUAGAAAGGAGAAGAAGAAAAGGAAACAUAGUAUUCAUACACUGCAGAUGAAAAUCGAGAAACUUGAAUUUCAGAUUGCCCAAAAAUCAGAAAGCGUCGAAGGGACAAAGACGGCUCUGUCAACUAGACGCACGCUUUCGCCGAGACAAGAGGAAGAAAUGCAUAUGAAACUUGCCAGACAUUUGAAAGAAAUGAAAAGAAUUGAAGAGUGGUUAGAUGUUGCUAAGCGACAAAAAGCCAGAAAUGAAAAAGAAUUGAAAGAGAUUUCUGACCGAACUUAUGAACUCAAAGUGGAAUUAGUGACCAACCGGCACGAGGCGGAAGAGAUGGCCAAUAGUCUAGAGGGUAUGAAUAUUGAACUUAAAGGAAUGCAUGAACGCUUAGAAAGCCUCGAUAGGAAAACGGCCGUGAUGAAACACAUCCGGGUACUGAAAAUGUCGCCGGAGACUUUACGGAAGUUAUACCGAAGACGGCGGGAAUUUUAUCAACAAGGCCAACUCAUGGAAGCGUGUCAGUACGUCGCCCAGGAAAUAGCCAGCGAGUGGAAAAGACUAUACGAGGUUUUGCCAUUUGAACCGCGGAGAGAUCCGGAAAAAUUGUUCCAUGAUAUAGAACUUAUUGACAUCAUCAGUGCCAGACGAGAUAAAACAUACGAGGAGCAGGCGUUAAAAAGUUUGGAAAAAUGGCGGACAUUUAGCAGACGACAUGCAGACGUCGCGCAACUUAUUAGGGGGUUACGGAAAUUAAAUAAGGAAGAACUAGCGGACAAUGUUGAAAAUAGAUUCUCUAUGGAAAGUGUAUAUGGUUAAUCAUUUGCAAUAUUAUAAAAUAAUAAAAUAACAGUAUA